GCCCUGGGGGUGCCCACGCCUGACAGUCGCCCGGACACCUAGGAUCUCCGGGCAGGGAUGCAGCUGGGGGUCUAGGGAAGCACUUCUACCCCCUUCCUCUCCUCAGCCCUGGCAGGGUGGUUUCCCAACCCCCUCAAGACAUUCAUGGAUGGAUGAGAGGAGCUGACAUUGACCUCCCCCAUCUGUGACCACCUUCUCUUCCUGCCAUGGAGGAAGCUUUGCUGCCCCUGGCCAUGACCUCUGACCCCAGGCCCUUUAAUCAACAACUCCCAGAGCCUCCAGAUCCAAGAUGUCUCUUGGAACCCCAGGACAAUCCUGAACUGGCACCUGCCCUGGUGUGUGCUCUUUGCUGCUGCUUUGGAAUCAUCUACUGCUGCUUCGGCUACCGCUGCUUCAAGGCAGUGAUGUUUCUCUCGGGCCUGCUAUCAGGAGCUCUGGUGAUCUUCCUGCUAUGCCACAAGGAGCGAGUGCUAGAGACACAGCUGAGCCUGGAGGUGAGCGCGGGCAUUGCGCUGGGCAUCGGACUCCUCUGCGGCCUGGUCACCAUGCUGGUUCGCAGUGUCGGGCUCUUCCUGACUGGUCUCCUGCUAGGCCUAACCCUGGGCGCCGGGGCCCUGCUGGGUACCGAACCCUUCUACCAACCACCUUCAGCCUGGGUGCCGGCCGGGGGGCUGGUGGGGCUGGCACUGCUGGGAGCCCUGCUCACGCUUCGGUGGCCACGUCCAUUCACAGUUCUGGGCACAGCCCUGCUGGGUGCUGCGGUGCUGGUGGCCUGUGCUGACUACUUCUUGGAAGGGCUGGCACUGGGCAGUCGGCUGGGCCAACGCUUGCAGGCACUUCCAGCCUUGCCUCCUCUCUGCUGGUAUAGCUGGGUCUUGCUGGGGACCUGGCCAGCCCUGGGAGCUCUUGGGGCACUGGCCCAAUGGAAGCUCAUGGAUGAGGAACAUGGAGGCCACGCUAAUGUGGUCUUGAGCCACCAUCGAAGGCAUCUCCAACUCCUUCGCAUCCGUCAGCAAGAGGCCAAGUGGCACCGGACCUCCCCUGCGGUGGGGCUCUGUGAGGGCAGCUACCGGAGACAGCUCCCCACCAACGCCCGGAGUCCUGCUGACAGCCUGGCUCCUAGUUAUCUCCAGAGCCUUCGAGAGCGCCAACUGGGACCAGGCAGCCAGGCCACAGCCCCCCACACCAUCUUGGACCUGGAUUCUGACUGCGGUUCCACCGUUCCUCUCACCACACCUUCUGGUUCCACCCAGACCUGAGCCUAAACCUCCACUGAUACCCCCACCCUCCUAGCAAGGGCGUGGGAACACUAGGUAGGCAGGGCCUGAGCCCACAGGACCCACACACAAACUUCCCCACCUCUUAGACUUGGGGAUGGAAUCUGUGCUCCAAGCUAGAUCAUCCCUGUAGAGAAAGGUUUCAGAAACAGAGAAGAAUCUUAUAGAGGAGAGAGGAAUGGAAGUAUGAGUAGCUACCUCUGUCCAAUAAUAGAGGUGCCCUGGUCCCUAAAGAAACUGACUCCCUCAUUCUUUCCAAGUCAAGGCGGGGGGCCUUACGCAGAUAACCUUUUAUAUACUCUUAUCAGUGUGCCACACAAGGUAAAAUAAGGAGUUUUCUUUUUGUAGGAGCUUUGGAAAAUCAGGAAGCCUCCUAAAGCACUUGAUAUCUUUUUGAAUGGGAGAAGAGCACAGAGGAGCUCCAGAAUCUCCCAAUCUCCAGGCCCCUCAUUAGGGGAUAAUUGGAUUCCUGAUUAGCCUUUCCUCCCGGGCCCCGGAUAGGCUCAAGCCUCCUUCUCCUACCUCAGUUGGGAGUGUUGGCCUCCACGGUGCUUCCCUUUCUCUCCUCCUUGACGUGGGGAAGACCAUGAGGCAGUGCCUGGUUCAGCCCCCAUCUCUGCUAAAAGCCGACUUCUUGCUCCGAGGAGGGAGCAUUGGCCCACAUGCCAGAGUGUUGCCCUUUUGCCCAAAGGAGCCUGGUCUUCAGGCUGCAUGGGAGACAAGUGCCUUCUCUGCCUCUCAUUGUAGAUGAUGCUAAUCUCGUCCUUAACCAGAACUUGGUCCCAGACACUAACCCACUCUAACUCUCCCCGCUGUGACUCUCCUGCCCAAAGUCAGUUCCCUGUUCCCUAGACAGCAUGAAAGAAUAUAUAUCCCCUCCCCUUGGCAGCAAGGCUAUGAUGGGAGGGAGGAAGA